AUGGAGCACAUCUCGCCAAGCUUACGCAUGUUGUACAGCUUGAGCUAUGGCCCUCCAUUGAACGACUGUUUCCAAACACAACUGCCUGCACUGGAGUGGGAACACCGUUUCUUCGGCACAGUCUACUAG